AGACAACAAACACCUGAACAGAGUUUCUCCCUGAAACCAGAAGACUCAACAGCAACAUUUCUGAAGAUGCUGUGCUCUCAUGGAUUCCAGUCUGCUCUCAGUCCUUUCAUGGACUUCCACUGGCCUGUACGCAGUCUGUGGCCAGAGGUCAGACCUCUGAUCUACCAGCAGGACCUCCAGCAGAGAAACCUACAGGAGCUGAUGGACAAACUCCAACACAGGAUCCUGGAGGAGACGGAGCCUUUCCAGAGCAGCGUGUCCCUGCAACCAGUCUCCUACCAGCUGCAGAAAGAGGGAGAGUCCUUUGGCCUGACGCUGGACACUCCAGGCUUCUCUCCAGAGGAGCUGUCUGUCAGACAGGUGGGCAGGAAGCUGACAGUCAGUGGGAAGUCCGAGAAGAACCAGGAGGACGGGAAAGACUCCUACUCUUACAGACUCCAGGAGUUCAGACAGGAGUUUGAUCUGCCUGAAGGAGUGAACCCUGAAAGCGUCACCUGCUACCUGUCUCCAGACGGAAAAGUCCACAUCCAGGAAAGCAAAGCUCCAAGUGUUGAGGAGGCUGAGAGAGAGCUGACUAUCAAGAGGAGCUCAGAGGAGGAAACCCAGCAGAGUGUGUGUUCACAGACAGAAGACAGCAGUGCAGAGAUACACAACUGAUCCCAGAACUAACCUGCAGACAUGGACUUGAUGUCUUAGUCAGGAAUGUUUUAUUUUGAUAACUGAUGACUGUGUGCAACUUUUGUAUGUUUAUAUUCUUUUUACUAAAAUAAAAGCUGCUUGUUCUAAUCCUACCUUUACGUGGAAAAUAUUUAUGAUAUGGGUGUCAU